GAAAUAUCAAUCUCAAUGAGCUCACACCCGAUUGUGAACUUACAAGCGAACGUCUUGUCCGAAUCUCUCAAGAUGUCUAAGCCGAACACAGACCUUCAGAAUAAAGUGACGAAAACCAUUAUUACCUCACCGUAUAUUUACAAACCUGUUGGACCCUACAGCCAAGCUAUUAAAGCAGACAAGACGUUGUAUUUAUCAGGAGUGUUGGGCUUGGACCCGGAGGCCCGGCUGGUGACCGGCGGGGCGGAGGCCCAAACUAGGCAGGCCUUGGACAAUAUGAAGCAAGUCUUGUACGCGGGCGGGUCUUCCCUCGAAGCUGUUGUAAAAACAACUGUCCUACUUGUCAAUAUGGACGAUUUCCAAGUGUUUAACAAAGUGUACGCAGAAUAUUUCAGCAAAGACUGUCCGGCGCGGUCUACAUACCAAGUGAGCAAGCUGCCGUUGGGCGCUGCCGUGGAGAUAGAAGCCGUCGCGCUGUGCGGAGACCUCGUCAUAGAAGAAAUGGGGACAUGCCCAUGUGCCCGUAUUUAAAUAAAGUUGUUAAAAUCUCAUUAAA